CCACGGGGAGGGAGGGGACUGUUGUACACCUGCGGCCACACCGGGAUCGCCCGGGCACUGCCUCGCCACCUCCCAGAGGCAGCAGGUGCCCCGGUGCUGCCGGGCUGCUCCGAGCGGCAGCGGCUCCCCGGGGCGGCGCAGCCAGCGGGCGAGGCAGCCCCGCCGCGGGAUGCCGUGCUGGGAGCGGGCCGGGGCGGCGCGGCGGCGCUGGGCGCUGCUGCUGGGGCCGCUGGCGCUGCUCGCCGCCGGCCUGGCGCUGCGCGGCACCGCCCGCCCCGACCCCGCCGACCGCUCCCGCCUCUACCGGGCGCUGGAGCUCGCCCCCAGCCGCGCCAUCAACUGCUCGGGGGUCGUCCGCGGGGAGCAGACGGCCAUCCAGAGGGCGCAGCUCAGCAGCCUGGAAGUGGCGAACAGAAAGGCUUCACCGACGCCCGACGAGUACCUGAAUCUUACGAGGGAUUGCAGAGCCUUCAAGGAAACCCGGCGCUACAUCGAGUUCCCGCUCAGCCAGGAGGAGGAGGAGUUCCCCAUCGCCUACUCCAUGGUCAUCCAUCACAAAAUCGACAUGUUUGAGCGGCUCCUGCGGUCCGUCUACGCCCCCCAGAAUGUCUACUGUGUCCAUGUGGACAGCAAAUCCCCGGCCGCCUUCCAGGAGGCCGUGCGGGCCAUUGCUGCCUGCUUCCCCAACGUCUUCGUGGCCAGCCGCCUGGAAAGCGUGGUCUAUGCCGCCUGGUCCCGGCUGCAGGCCGACCUCAACUGCAUGCAGGACCUGCUGCAGAGCCCCGUGCCAUGGCGCUACAUUAUCAACACCUGCGGCACCGACUUCCCCAUCAAGACCAACGCCGAGAUGGUCCGGGCGCUGCAGCUGCUGCAGGGCCAGAACAGCGUGGAGUCGGAGAAGCCCUCGGGCUACAAGCAGCAGCGCUGGCAGUACCACCACGAGGUGGGGCAGACCAUCUCUCGCACUGCCAAGAAGAAACUGCCGCCGCCCCACAACUACCCCAUGUUCACGGGCAGCGCGUACUACGCAGUCACCCGGGACUUUGUGCAGUACCUCUUCGAGAACCCCACGGCACAGAAGUUCCUCGAGUGGUCCAAGGACAGCUACAGCCCUGACGAGCACGUCUGGGCCACGCUGAACCGCAUGCCGGGCGUGCCGGGGGCCAUGCCUCCCAGCGACAAGUUCCAGCUCUCGGACAUGAACGCCCUUCCCCGCCUGGUCAAGUGGGAGUACAUGGAGGGGGACAUCAGCAAGGGCGCGCCCUACCCGCCCUGCACCGGCCGCCACCAGCGCGCCAUCUGCAUCUACGGCGUGGGCGACGUGGCCUGGAUGCUGCAGCAGCACCAUCUCUUGGCCAACAAGUUCGACCCCGAGGUGGACGAUGCGGCCGUGCAGUGUCUCGAGGAGUACCUGCGCCACAAGGCCCUGUACGGCCGCGGGCUCUGAGGGGGCGCCGCGGAGGCUCUGGCCAGCACCUGCGGCCUUCCGUGGGCGAGUCCAGCGACGGCGCCUGGGGGCAGCGGGAGAGGAUCCCCCUGAGGGGCCCACGCCUCGCAGCGGCCCCGAGGAGAAGCCCCAAGGGCGGGCGCGGGGCUGCGGGCCAGCCGAGGGACGGUCGGUCGGUCGGACGGACGGACGGACGGGGCGGCCCGGCGGAGGGCAGGCCCGGUGUGGAAGGGCGGGAGGCCCGGCCCCGCCCGGGUCCCUCACGGGGCGCUGCCCGGACCGGCCGGAGCGAGCGGGCCAAGGGUGACCCCAGGGCUGUGCCUGCAGACGGGCAGGGCCGGGUCACGGCGCCUUCAGGUCCGGCUGGGGCAGAGCUGAAAUCGUGAUUAAUUUGCUUUUCCACAGAGCAGCUGGCAGCCCCCGCCCGUUCCUGGCACCCGCCGCGCUGCUCAGUGAACAUCUGGCUGCUGCUUUUGCCGCACUUUAAACUUCGACCCUAUCAAAAGCCGGUAGUCAUUAAAAGCCAAUCUUCAAUAAAAUCCCAGAUACUAAAA